ACAACAUCCAUUCAAUGCCGCUCGACGAUCCCGCCAACCAGGAAAGCUUCAUCGACAAGUUCCAGAAACUACAUGAACUAGCCUGGAGAAAACAAGACCGUAGUGCUCUUUUCAAGGAUGUCGCUGGCUCUGAAUCUGAACCUGGCCAAAAAUACGAAUCCCUCAAGGUUCUUUUCCAAUUCACUUCCAGAUAUCAGCGCCGCAUAUUGGUCACUUCUGAAUACCAAGUCGCUCUUUGCGAUGCAAAUCGCUGGUUUGCUGGACAGGAGCCCUCCAAAACAAAGUUUACUCAGGCGGACUCUUAUGGAGGUGAAGACCACAGCCCAGUCCGGUGCAUUUCACCUAGUGAGGAAAGUGAGGACGAAGAGGAACCCGAAGACGAAGAUGAAAGUGAGGACGAAGAUAAAGAAGACAGUGCCUGUGGUGCUUUUAUCGUCUGUGGAACUCCCGGCAUCGGCAAGAGCCAUUUUCUAUAUUACGUUCUCGUAGAACGUCUCCUCAAUCGUCUCCCUACUUGUUUUCAGACCGCAUCCAAUAAAUUUAGUUAUUGGUGUGAGAGGGGCGUGUUUCACUACGCCAUGAAGGAGUUUGGGCUCGGUUUUACCAUGUCAAACAAUGUCUGGUUCCUUAUGGAUUCAAACGAGCGAAACGUAUCUCCCAACGCAGCCAUAUUGGCUUCGGGCGCACGGGUUAUCCAAGCGGCUUCCCCAUGGAAGGUUUGUCUCGGUUGGACUGAGAAGCAGAAUACCUACAACUAUAUGUGGUUCAUGAAGCCCAGCCCACUACGAGAGCUGAGACGGUUUUGGCCUGAUAGAAAGUUUGCGAAGAUUCUGACGAAGAAAGAAGUGACGACGUUUGCGACGGCGUAUGGGCCAUCCCCUCGCCUUAUCACCCAAUAUGCCCGUCAAAUCGACCAAUACCGUUCUAAACUGCAGUCCAAGAUCAAGCGAUUCACUUUCGACGAGCUCAAAAAACUGGUUUUUCAUAUACAGGAUUUGAACGUAGAUGACAAGGGCAUUUCUCAUUGGAUCCUGGGCAUAUACCCCGGUGAAACGCGCAACCAGAUUACAGUCGGUUUCCAUACGCCACAAGGCUUGAAGCUCGUAAAAACAGCCUGUCCCGGGAUUUGGAAUUCGCACGUCUUGGACAUAUACACAUUCUUCAACUCGGUUGGACAAACGCGGGGCACUGCAGUACGUCUUUUGGAGGAUAUACUUCACCAGGACUUGCCAACAGGGGGGCACUGGAAGGCAACUCAGUUGGAGUCGAACAACCAGGGGCCGGAAAUAUUCACAGAUAGCCUUAUCGUCUAUACAACGCCCCCGCCUGAAGAGCCAAGAACCGAAAGCUAUCUGCUUGUCGGUCCCGAUACAUACUUCGUCGAAGCCGUCCCCGAAACAUCCACUCGCCCUCAAUCACUCACAUUGUACCGGUAUACAUCCAAAGAAGCUAAAUCGGGUCAAGCCAAUGUUUCGUGGGAUAUCUCGGGCUAUUAUCUACCACUCACCCCCAAUCAGGAAACGUUCAACUCUUUCAUCGUUAACCCCCAACUCCGAUCUGUCUUUGCGUUGCAGUUUACCGUCUCCGAGGAACACCAGGUCAACGAGGAAGGAUUGCAAUUCUUACAGAAACACUACAGUGAUUACAACCUUUACUAUAUUCUGUUUAACUCUCAGAAGGAUGUCAAACUUGUCGUACCCAGUGGCUAUGAUGGAAAGUGGGUGUCUUUGUGGCAUGUGUAUGUUACGGAGGAUGUACUGCUCUCAAGAUCGUCAAGUUGA